UGGCUUGUAAUGUGUCUGUCUCUAUGGUGGAUUUGCGCACAAAGAGUAUCUCAAAGAGGCACACGCAGCCCGACUGGCUGACGACCCCUGAGGCCAUUGGAACAUUUAUUUAUGAAACCGUCAAUGCAGUAUCUCCUAAAGCUGCUGAGUUCCUCAAGGCGACUUACCAGGAGCAACGGGUCCUGGAAGUGAGGCGGUUUGUGAUAUCUACAGUCCAGACAACGGCUGAUCUGAUUUACGAGACCUAUAAAAAGAUGAGAUCCUUCUGGGAGCCCGACGGCCGUGUCUUACCUGCAGGAUUCUACCUGUGAGCUUAAAUUAAAUAUUAAAUCGGGAGAUGCAUCAAUACUUUGGAUGGUAUCUGCCCGUACACGCUAAACCUACUGUUCAGCCUGGCCAGCGAAACGUGAUAUCAUUUGCUUUUUUUCUUGAAAC